CCGGAAGCUGUGGUUGCCGUGGUGAUCGUGUGAGGGGCGGGGCCGCGCCGUCGCGUCACAUCCGCUCAUCUCCAACCCGGAAGACCGGGAGCCAUGAUGAUGCGCGAUCCGUUCGCGUUUUUUCCGUGAGAACCGCUUUGAUGGGACACACACACACAUACACACAGAGAGAGAGAGAGAGGGAAAGCGUGUGUUUUCAGGGCGAGUAUGGAGACAUUUUACACUCCCAGUCUGGGCGAUGAGGAUCUGGAUCUGGACCCGGACUCGGCGCUCGGCGUCUCUGGCGUGGUGUCUGAUUUCGGAGAGCUGGGCGACGGCGUGCCGGCUGGAGUUCCCGGGAACGCUGUGGUCGGAGGGAAUGACCCGUCGUUCGCCUCGACCUUCGUGAACACGCCGUCUCAGAGUCUGGAGCACCUGAGUCUGAUGAGCCAGCAGAGCGGCGGACCGAUGCUGGGGUCUGUAAUGGGAAUGGAUCUCGCUCAUCCUAUUGGCUCUCAGUUCAGCAGCUCUUCUCCAAUGACCAUCGACGUCCCGCUGAGUGACAUCAACCACGGCCUGCUGGGCCACACCCAGCUGACCACCAUCGACCAAUCAGAGCUCAGCGCGCAGCUGGGCCUCAGUCUGGGCGGCGGCACCAUCCUGCCCCGCCCACAGUCACCUGACCAGCCGCUGUCCACUGAUUCGCUGUCUGAUUCGCUGCACGACGACGACAUGGACGACUUCAGACGGAAGAGCGUUCUGGUGGACUCUCCGGUGUCUCUGUGCGUGUUGUCUGGUGUCAUCUCCCUCUCGCCGUCUCUGUCGGAGCAGCCGGCCGUCCCAGCAUCCUCUGCUGCUCCCGCACGGAAGGCAGUCGGCGGGAAAAAGGGCAAGAAGAAGAAAGACCCGAACGAGCCGCAGAAACCCGUGUCGGCUUACGCGCUCUUCUUCAGGGACACGCAAGCCGCCAUCAAGGGCCAGAACCCCAGCGCCACCUUCGGAGAGGUGUCCAAGAUCGUGGCCUCCAUGUGGGACAGUCUGGGAGAGGAGCAGAAACAGGUCUACAAGAGGAAGACGGAAGCUGCCAAGAAGGAGUAUCUGAAGACCCUGGCAGCUUACAAAGCCAAUCAGCUGUCACAGCAGCCGACUAUUGAAGUGUUAGACGCUCCUGCGUCUCCUGCCGCCGCCGUGGCCCCGCCUCCCGAACCCGCAUUGACCGUCACCCCGCCGCGCUCGUCCCGCAUCCCGCUGCACGCGCCCGACAACAACACCAUCACCAACAUCUGCACCUCCAACAUCAUCCUGGACCUGCCGCAGGUGACGACGCGCUCGCGCACAGGUGCGCACAAACCCCCGGCCCCGCCCCCCGUCAACAAGAUCCUCAUCUCCAAGCAUCAGCUGCAGUCGCCGCGGCAACCUCCGCCGCUGCAGCAGAUGCAGAACACGCCUCCACCCCCGCGCCUGCAGCAGAUGGUACAUUCCCCGGCUCCGCCCCCUCUGCAGGCCAAACCGCGACAGGUGGUUGCCAUGGCGCCGCCGCCACCCCUGCAGAUCAAGAUCGUCCCGGCGCCCUCACAGACUGACAUGAGCGCGCCGAUCAUCGUGACGACCGCGGCCUCGUCUGUGGUGGAGGUGCCGCCGCCCGCUGCCAUAGUAACAGACCUGUCGCCGUCGGCAACCGAGGAGGUGGCUGAAGAAGGGGUGAGUCCGAACUCUGUGUGUGAAAAUACUGUUCUGAACAAAAAAUUUUAUUUUUUAUUUCCUGUUGUUUUGUUGAUGAGUUGA